UUAUAAUGGGUAAAAAUGAUAGUAAGAUCACAUCAGUGGUGAUCAAUAGCUUGACUUGGACCCGUGACUCUCACGGGUUGUUCGAUUAUGAGUGUAAUAAGGUAGUCAAAGCAGUGCACACAGUGCAAGGAUGUCACUUUAUACAUAGACUCGGAGACUCUUGAUACAUAGGAGACCCUUGUCAAUACGAUCCUAUUGAAAACUCCUCUGUACUAGCCACUUUAGUGUUCUGAAAAUAACAAGUAUUGGCUCCAUCACUACAAUAUGAGCGAUAAAAUUGACUUUGAGAGGAACUGUGCUGGCUUAGCCUGGCUAGUAGUCAAAUAAAAACCCUGAAACAGCAAAAACUGGUGCAAAACUUGAAACCGGACAGUAUAUAAAACUUGGUCGAGUCUGAUUCAAGGUGAGGGAGACCUCAUUUGAUAUAAAGAAGAUGACUGAGGAGGAAAAUAAGCAAGAAAAUAAUUUAAAUUCUUUGAGUGAGAAUACUGAUGUAUUAAUUUCAGGCGAAGGUUGACCCCCAGAUGCCGCUUUUAAUCAAUUGAGGUCACGUGGAAGCCAGCCAUUGGGACUGAAUAACCCAAGAAGGAGUAACGCCAAUGCUGGAGGGAUAAAUACCAACUUUACUGAGCCUCAGUUACAAGUAGAGGUGCCUAGAGAUGAUAUUCAUGAAGAGAAAAGUAAAUCUAGUAAUCUCUCGCUGAAUCAGCUUACUUGAAGAAUAUGCUUGUCUUCAGGAUCUGAAGCCGAUCAGGAAAAUACUCUGAUUUCGCCUUGCAAAUGAAUCGGCUCUGUGAAGUUUGUUCAUGAAGAAUGUCUGAAACUCUGGUUGAACAGUAAAAGAGAAUCAAAAGAUACCGAUUUUAGUCGAACGUACACAUGGAAAGAUUUGUCAUGAGAGUUGUGAAAGGCUACUUACCCUGAUUUAAUAGAUUCUAUUUUAACUCCUAAGAAGAAGACAAUCAGUAUUUUGGACUACCAAGUGCCUGAAAAUGGUGAAUAUUUGGUCUUAGAAGGCAAUUCUAAGAGCAACCAGAAAUCUAAAAUUAUUCAUGUUCUGAACUUGAGUAAACAAAAUUCUAUCAAGAUUGGGAGGAACAACGGUGGAAUACGUAUCGCUGAUAUCUCAGUGUCCAGAUGCCAUGCUUAUAUUAAACUAGUGGAUAAAUAAUUUCUAUAUCGAGGAUAAUGACUCAAAGUUUGGCACUCUAGUUGGGUUUAAAGAUCCCAUCCAGAUUACAAAUAAGCCCUUGACAGUCCAGAUUGGCAGAACUCUUCUGACCCUAGCCAUGAAUGAAGGGAAGAGGUACUGUGGGCUCCGUUGCAGGAAGAUAUUUCUCAGCCGUCCCCAACCAACAACCAUUACUGACUUCGGCUCUGUUUUAAGCUUCUAUCCUGAGGAGUGAAGAAAGCUUUUUGAAGAGAAUAAGGUCAAAAGAGAGUUCAGACUCGAUCAGCUCAGCUUUGAAGAGGAUGAUUUUGAUUCAAUUUCAGAGAAGAAAAAUGUGAAACCAAAGCAGAGCCAAUCUGCUCAGAGAGUUCGCAAGUAUAAGAGCAGCCGAAGGAAGAAAAAGGUAAAAAGAUCAUCCCAGAAAGGUCGAAAUAAAUUCAAGUUUGCUGGCAGGAAAACCCCAAAAAUCACAGGAAUCAAGAAAUUAGUCAACCAGAGGAAGUCAUAUAGUGGUGUGAACAAUUCGAUUCCAAUCAAGAUCUUCUCGAUGAACGAGGCUGAUGAAGACUCCGAUGUUCUAGACCAAAGCUAUGACCACUUACUCAAAGGAGAUAGGCGAAGAGAAAAUGUGAGGAACGGAAUAAUAUAGAUUAUGAAGAACUUAAAGAAGGCUUCAUCGGUGAUCUUAAUAAAUCCUCUUAUAAAGAGAAGAGUAUUAAUGAGCUUUGUAGAAUCUGUGAAGAUGACCCUCCCAAUGAGGAUAGCCGGGUAAAGACUGCAUUCCAGCCUCAGAACCCAACCUCUCCUCUUGGAGAUUUGAAUAAUAUUCAAGAGAUUCAUAACCGCAAGCCUAUGAUAAAUAGAUUAUAUGAUGAAGGAAUGGAGGAGAAUGAGCAGCAAGAAAAGCCUCCUGAAGUUGUUCAAAAUUCACCUGUAUUUUUGGCAGAGGAAAAUCAGGCGAACUUAGAGCAUGAGCUACAAGCUCUAGUGUCUGAGAAUCCUGAUAAUAGUGAAGAGGUAUCUUAAAUUAU